AGAGAGGACGGCCAGCAGCUCGGCGGGCGGGUGGGCGAGCCAGGCGCCCCGGCGGGGGUCGAGGCCCAGGUGUCCAGCCCGGCGCGCAUCGCUCCCGCCCUUUCGCGUCGCGGGCCCCGCGGGACUCGCGGCCGGAGUGACCCUGGGUGGUCGCCGACGCCGCGGCAGGGAAGGAAACAGACUUAACUGAGGAUGUCUGAAAACCUUGACAAGCCCCACGUAGACGAAGCAGGAGAGGCAGAGUCGGCUGCCUCUGAGCGAGGCCCGGAAGGUGCUCUGGAGGGCUCAGAUGAAACCUUACAGAAAAAAGUGAAGUCGGACUCACCUAGUUCCCACAGAGUGGGAAGACCGCACUCCAGUCCCCCUCGGCUUGUCACUGUAGAGGAACUUCUAGAAACAGCGAAAGGAGUCACCAACAUGGCUCUGGCCCAUGAAAUUGUAGUAAAUGGAGACUUCCGGAUUAAUGCUGUUGAAUUAGCCGAAGGCAGCUUGGAGAAGAGAGUAAAGGAGAUUGUACAUAAAGCAUUCUGGGAUUGCUUGAGUGUCCAGUUAAGUGAAGACCCCCCAACAUAUGACCAUGCCAUCAAACUUGUCGGAGAGAUCAAAGAGACUCUGUUAUCUUUCCUGCUGCCUGGUCACACUAGACUAAGAAACCAGAUAACUGAAGUCUUGGAUCUGGAGCUGAUAAAACAAGAAGCGGAGAAUGGGGCCCUCGACAUUUCCAAGCUGGCAGAGUUCAUUAUUGGCAUGAUGGGGAUAUUGUGUGCACCUGCUCGAGAUGAGGAAGUUAAAAAACUAAAGGGCAUUAAGGAAAUAGUGCCUCUCUUCAGGGCAAUAUUUUCUGUGCUGGACCUAAUGAAAGUUGACAUGGCCAACUUUGCCAUCAGUAGCAUUCGGCCACACCUCAUGCAGCAGUCAGUGGAGUAUGAGAGGAGGAAGUUUCAGGAAGUGCUGGAGAAACAGCCGAACUCCCUGGACUUUGUCACACAGUGGCUGGAAGAGGCCACAAAUGACCUUUUGACUCAGAAGUACAGACAUGCCCUGCCAGCUGGGGGAGGCGCUGCUGGCUCUGGGGAUGCCCCACUGCUGACCCCUGUUUCUGUCCAGAAUCACGCCUACCUGAAGCUUCUGAAAUGGGACCACUUCCAGAGACCUUUCCCUGAGACCGUUUUGAUGGACCAGUCUCGCUUCCAAGAGCUCCAGCUCCAGCUGGAGCCACUGGCCAUCCUGGGGGCUGUGCUGCUGGUCACAUUCAGUACCGCUGCACCUGGAAUGUCUGGCCAUGCCGACUUUGCCGAGAAGCUCAAGAUGAUGGUGAAGACUCUGCUAACAGACAUGCAUCUGCCUUCCUUCCAUCUGGAGGAUGCCCUGACUUCCAUUGGAGAGAAGGUGUGCCUGGAGGUGAACAGCUGCCUCUCCCUGUGUGGAUCCUCCCCAUUCUCCAUCGCUAAGGAGACUGUGCUCAAGGGCCAGAUUCAGGCCCUUGUCAGUCCCGACGACCCCAUUCGCAGGAUCAUGGAGUCCCGCAUUUUGACCUUCUUGGAGACAUACCUUGCCUCUGGUCAUCAGAAGUCCUUGCCUACUGUGCCCGGGGGAUUGGGUCCCAUUCAGAAAGAGCUGGAAGAAGUUGCUGUGAAAUUUGUGCGCCUGGUCAACUAUAACAAGAUGGUGUUCUGUCCUUACUACGAUGCAAUCCUUAGUAAGCUCCUCCUCCGCUCCUGAGGCGCGCAGCUGCCACAGCAGCUCUCAUCAUCUCAGACCCCGCUCUCGCAGUGCCGUGCUGAGCUGUGGAGAAUGGUGGCAUGCGGUACAUUCCUGUUUAAUAGCACUGGUUCCAUGGGACUGAAGGAUGCACUGGAUUCUGUCUUGAGGACCGUAUGUAUGAGUGCAAGUUUACAAACCUAAGGAGCUUUGGUUCUCUUGAGUCUGUAGGAGCUCAGAGCCUUCAACAGUUGGCUGCCUCGGUCUCUGCUCCUGCUUCCUCAGGUUGGAGGAGCCGCUUCUCCCGAGAAACCUGAGACAGUUGUCUCUCAAAGGUCAUUCUUUCUCAGAUGCUCUGUGCUGGCAGUCAUAAGCCAAGAUUUGUCCUCUGUCCCGUUUACAGCCUCCCUCCCACUACUCUUCUUGUGGGUGCUUUUUGACAGGGCUGUCUAUAGCCUUACAGUGUCCGAACCGGCUCCUUCCCACUCUAUCCAUUUACUGCUUCUUGGGUCUGGCCUAACAGUAUUCCAGAGCCCUUUGGUCUACAGCAGAGUUACUUAAUAAUUUAUUUUCUAUUGUUAUUGAAACAGCAUCUCUAUAUGUACUCCCCUGGCUGGAAUGGAACUUGCUCAUGUAAAACAGGCUGUCCCAGACUUCCAGCAAUCCUCCUGCCUCUGCCUUACAAAUGCUAGGGUUACAGGCCUCUGCCACCAAACCCAAUGGAUAGAACUUGAUUUUUAAAAGCUUGUUUUGUUGGCUUGUAUGUAGUACAGUGGCCAGUGAUCGCCUAGCCUGCAUGAGGCCCUGGGAUUGAUCUCUCCCAUCUAACAACAAAGGAUGUACACACACACACACACACACACACACACACACACACACACACCUGUAUUGAGAAGCCAUAAGCCCCUGGAGCUUCAGUUUUAAAAGGUAGAAUUGUUUGUGCCCAGGAACUCAGAAGCAGCUUAGGAACCAGAGAUUCCAACUUAAACUCAGGUGUGGUGGUGCACACCUUUAGUCCCAAUACUUGGAAGGCAGAGGGACGUGGAUCUCUGAGUUCUAGACCAGUUUGAUCAAUAGAAUGGGGAGUUCCAGGACAGCUAGGGAUACACAGAGAAACCCCGUCUCACAAAACAAAACAGAAAUACUGUUCUUUCUACAGAAGUACUCCUGAGCCUUGACUGUGGCAGUUAAAGCUGAUGAAGCCAGGCACGGUAACAUGCUAUAGCUGGUCUUUGCAACUUUGUGGGUUAUUCUAUUUCCCGCCCUCUAUCCUCCCCCUCGCUUCUCUCAUAACACUAGAUAGGAGAGAAAUAAGGAUGGGGGGUGUCCCUGAAUUUAAUCUUUCUUUUGACUGUGGCUACUAACAGACCACAACCAUUCUCCAUCUUCCUUUAAUGACCAGCAACCACCCACCCUGCUUCUUGGUGCCCCAGUGUUUAUAUAACUUCUGAAAAGUUCCCAGAAUUCCAGACACCAUGGUUAUAGGAACUUAACUUUCGUGAGACAACUUUCCAGUUAUUAGAAACUGGGUUUAAACCUUUUGAAGUGGCUGUUCUGAGUGCCAAGAUUUUUGUGAAAUGAGGGUUACAUCAGCUCCUGUAUCCACCAAACCUUCUAUUUCAAUAUCAUUUACUUGCCAUUUUAAUUUUGGCUUCUGGUCAUUAGUAACUGUUUGCCAGAACAUAUUUUCCAGGCCUUUCAAGCCCUCCUGUUCAUUCUACUGGAAUGGCUUUGCCUUUGAUGUAGGGAAAUUAACUGCUGAGCAGUCCUGUCACCUGUGUUAAGCUGCAUGUCUUUUCACAUAGGCCAUAAUUUUAACUUCUCUUUUGAAAUCUGAUCAAUAACUCCUGGAUACACAAUGAAUCUUUGGGAGGUCAUUUCUGCUGCAGAGCCUUGAGCCAGACCCGAAAGCCCUUGCCCAACUGAAUCACCUUGAAUAUCUCUUUUGGAUCUGCAUUUCUGAACCCAGCGGCAGCUUUUGCCACUUUGCUUAUACACCCUGGGACGCAUAGGCCUUCUGCUUGAGAUUUAAGAAAGCCAUUGCCAGCCGGGCGUGCUGGCGCAUGCCUUUAAUCCCAGCACUCAGGCUGAGUGGCACUCAGCACAAGAG